AUGAGCUUUGAAGGCUAUAUUCUCAAAUUAAGGAAUUUUACUCACGGAGAAGAAAUCGUGAACCGGAACCAACUGCAAGUUUGUCGCUCCGAGGUGGUAACCAGUUACAUAGUCAAUAACUCACUCAGCUUGUUAUCAAUUAUCGCCUUGUCCAUAUACUGGGAAACUUCGAGAUACUCCCUCCGAAGCCUCCUAAACAACAAAAUUGAACGCCAGAUCGGAAAGUGCAUCGGGUCGCUAUACCUGUGCAUCGUCUGGCUUUGCGUCUCAACUCAAAUCGCAAGCAUUGUCUUUCUCGUCAGAGUUGACUUUGGGCUCAAUGCUAGUGGGAUGGAAUUCCCGUCUAUGGAGAUCACAUGGGCGGUUUCGACACUCAUGUUGUUGCCGUUAUUACACUUAUGCUUCUUGCCAAACGAAGUUGGGUAUCGAGAUGGUGGUCUAGCAAACCCGGAACCUUUUUCUUCAGAUAUGGACUCCCAAAAAAUUCUAAAACCAUCGGAGUCAGAGAUAUUUCGCUUUCAAGCGUUGUCGUUCUGUUGGCUUCUAUCAGGGUACCCCUUUUUGAGUCGUAUGUUGGAAACGUUUUCACCAAGUAAGAUAGGAGAGGGUUCCAAAAGUAUAAUAACAACAGGUGAAUGGAGUAGAAUUCAAGAAUUAUGUCUAGACGGAGUUAAGGGAAUCACGAUUCAGGAACAGCUGUUAUUCACAAGGGUUGGAGUUGCAAGUUGGGUUUGGGUGACGAUAUUCACACUCGCUGGAUUGGUAAGAGUAUUCUUAACUCGUCGAGAAUACGAGGAGUCAAAGGUUCUAGAUAAAAUAACAAGAGCAACAUCGAUUUCCCCUGCGAUUGGAAUACUUUCGAAAACGUUGCCAAACUUCGUGCGAUUUUCACUUAUGGUUGUUAACCCGGUUUUGGCGGGUAUUAGCAUGUGGGCUAUAUUUCGGUUACAACAAUAUCAAGGAGAUAUUUUGCAGAAAUCCGAAGAUAAAAGUGAGGCUCCUGAUUGGUCCUUCGGACAAGUUAUGGCUCUUUUGGUAUAUGGUCCUGUUUGUUUGGAAUUGUAUAAACUUGGGAGGAUGUUGACUUUGUAG